GGGAAGGCGCUCCCGCGGAGCGGCCGCCCGCCCCCGGCCGGGGCUUCGGAGAGGCUGCCGGGGCUCCAGCGCCCGGGGCGGAGGGCGCCGCGUCGGGGCCGCAGCGGCGCCCGCUCCCCACCCCCAUGGUUUUCCCCCCUCCCCGUCGGAGCGGGCGCACGCGAGAGCGUGAGAGAAAAAGUUGCAGCGCGGGGCCGGGCGCUGGCGGCUGCGGGGCCGGGCGGGGGCGAGCCCUCCGGGGAGGCGGCGUGUGCCGGCCCCUCCCGCGGGAAGGGGUGACUUCUCUGCCGAGGGAUGCCCGGAGAUCGGCGGAGAGCGGCCGAGGAGCGAGCCCCCGCAGCCCCCUAGAAAAAAAGAGAGCUCGCCCCCCUCCUUCUCCUCCUUCUCCUGCGCGCUGGGGGAGGGGAGGAGGGAGGAGAAGUACAUGCAUCAUGAAUGAAUCUGCAUCUAGUGGAAAUGGUCAGGAGUUUGAUGUAUUUAGUGCAAUGGACUGGAAGGAUGGCAUAGGUACUUUGCCAGGAAGUGACCUAAAGUUUAGAGUCAAUGAAUUCGGGGCCCUGGAAGUAAUUACGGAUGAAACUGAGAUGGAAAGUGUUAAAAAGGCAACUGCUACCACAACCUGGAUGGUUCCAACUGCUCAAGAAGCCUUUUCAGAAAAGACAGGGAUCCCCACAAGGUUGAAGGAAACUGCAAAAGUGGAUGGACUUGUUUUCUGUGAAAACUGUUACCGCUAUGGUACCAUAGAAGAAUUUGUUCCUGAAGGGAAAUUUUGCAGCCAGAAAUGUGCCCAGCAAGUAAAAAACAAAGAACCAAAGGAGGAUAAUCCCAGCAUGGAAUGCAAUGGGGAAGAUGAUUCUAAAGGCAUUCGGAAAAGAAAAGCAAAAGUACCUCUCAAAGAAGAGUCCCGGGAUAAUGGGGAGAAGAAGGAGAAUCCAGAUGAAAUUGAGGACAAACCUGAAGGAAGGAUCUUGAGAGUCUCACAGAGAGCCAGGAGAAAAAGAAAAGGGGAGAUAACAGUUUUGAAACAAACUGUACCCUCUAAAGGAAGGCAAGCAUGGUGUUGGGCAUCCUAUCUGGAGGAAGAAAGGGCCAUUGCAGUGCCUACUAAGCUUUUUAAGGAGUAUCAGUCUUUCCCAUACAACAAGAAUGGAUUCAAGGUAGGGAUGAAGCUGGAGGGUGUGGAUCCUGAGCACCAGUCGAUCUACUGUGUUCUCACAGUGGCUGAGGUUUGUGGCUACAGAAUAAGACUACAUUUUGAUGGAUACCCAGAUUGUUACGAUUUCUGGGUGAAUGCUGAUUCUUCAGACAUUCAUCCUGUUGGAUGGUGUGAAAAAACAGGUCACAAGCUUCAUCCACCUAAAGGAUAUAAGGAAGAAGAAUUCAGUUGGCCCUCCUACUUAAAGGCAUGCAAGGCUCAAGCUGCUCCUAAAUCACUGUUUGAAAACCAGAAUGCAACAGUGAUUCCGUCGGGAUUUCGAGUGGGGAUGAAGCUGGAAGCUGUAGACAAGAAGAACCCGACUUUCAUUUGUGUUGCCACGGUAACAGACAUGGUGGACAAUCGUUUUCUGGUUCAUUUUGACAACUGGGAUGAGAGUUAUGACUACUGGUGUGAGGCAGCUAGCCCACAUAUUCAUCCUGUUGGAUGGUGUAAAGAACAUAAAAGAACUCUCAUCACCCCACCAGAUUAUCCACAUGCUAAGCAUUUUUCUUGGGAGAAAUAUUUGGAAGAAACCAGUUCAUUACCUGCACCUGCAAGGGCUUUUAAAGUGAAACCUUCUCAUGGCUUUCAGAAAAAUAUGAAACUUGAAGUGGUUGACAAGAGAAAUCCAGUAUUUAUCAGAGUAGCAACCAUUGUAGAUACUGAUGACUAUAGAAUAAAAGUUCAUUUUGAUGGCUGGGAUAGUAUUUAUGAUUAUUGGACUGAUGUUGACAGCCCUGAUAUCCAUCCUGCAGGCUGGUGUAUGAAAACUGGACACCCUCUUCAGCCCCCACUUAGUCCCUUGGAACUGGUGGAAGCUUUGGAGCAUGGAGGGUGUCCCACAGCAGGAUGUAAGGGAGUUGGACACAUUAAAAGAGCAAGACAUAUCGGCCAUCAUAGUGCAGUCAGCUGUCCAUACUCAGAGAUGAACUUGAACAAAGAAAGCCUCUUACCUGACCGAUUGAGUGGGGAGAUGCCUGCAGCCAGUCCUAUCCCCAGAAACAGAAAAGUGGAAACAAAUGAAAGAUCCACCUCUCCUGUAAUCAGUGACAGAAAAUGCCCCAGCCCUGGUCAUGUAGGUAUAAAAUCUUCACCUCACAAUCGACCAUCAGGGAAAACUGUACCAGAAACAACCAAGCUGGAAGAUGCAGAAAAUAAAUCUCCUUGCAAGAAGCCUCUGUUAUGCAAUGUGAAAGAAAAGAAGGCACCUGGUGGAGUACUACAAACAAAGGAUUCCAUAAAGCCCAAAGAGUGUGAAGAUGAGGAGACAGAAAAUAAGCUGCUCAUUUCAAACGAAAUCAAAGAUGUUGAAGAACCCAACACACAGAGGCUUCUCUCUCAACCUGUUAUCGUGUCAUCUAAGUUGCAAAUUCCUGGCCUACCCUUGCGCUGGGAACAGCAGAGCAAGCUCCUUCCAAGUGUAGCUGGGAUCCCAGCCAGCAAAGUUUCUAAGUGGAGUACAGAUGAGGUCUCUGAAUUUAUACGAAGUUUACCAGGAUGUGAAGAACAUGGCAAAGUGUUUAAAGAUGAGCAAAUUGAUGGAGAAGCAUUCCUGCUAAUGACCCAAUCAGACAUAGUCAAAAUAAUGAGCAUUAAACUGGGACCAGCCCUAAAAAUCUUUAAUUCCAUUCUGAUGUUCAAAGCUGCAGAGAAAAACUCACACAAUGAACUUUGAAAAUAAUGGAAAAUGUGCACGAACCAGCUUUCUCCUCUGGAGCUCAUGUUUUAUUCAAAGCACAAAGACUCACUAGAAGUGUUGAGUAAGGACUCUCAGAAAGGAAGAAACUUAAGUUCAGCACUGGUGGACUAUUUAUAUUCUCCUGGAGUCAGUACACACCUGAAUCCUUCUGGGAAGUGUUCAAGCUUUUGAGAAGGUACUGUGUAACAACUGAGUCAGCUGGUCUUAUUUACCAAACUAAUGGCGCUAAUUUUCCGCGGAUGGUUAGGAUCCCUAACUCUCUCUGGACAUCGAGAAAACCUUCAUUAAUUAUUUAUGCUGUAUUCUAUAAGGGAACAUUAAUAUUUUCUAAGGAUUCUUGAAUUGUACUUCAUGUACCCAUUUUACUUUUCAGAAGCUUUUACUUCAUUUUAUCAAAAUAAAAACUGAUCAGCCAAAAAUUAGGCUACAGGUAGCCAGAUGAGACUGUUAUGGCUAUUGUGUAUUUGUGCCAUAGUUUGAAAAUGAAACACUUAAUGUUACAUAUGUGACACUUUAUGCUACAGCAUAUUACUUUACAGAUAAUAAAACUGUCUGUUUGCUUGUAACAAAACAAACCUUGUUGGGGUUGAAAUUAUAAUGCUUUUUUGAUAACUGAAUGUUUUUACUUUUGCACGAUUACAAAAAUGUUACGUGAGUUUUGCCACCAGCAUCUUUCAUGUAUUUUGACAAAAGACCAGUAUAGAGAAGGCUGCAACUGAAAAAUAAAAGUUUGACUUCAUAGAAGAUUUUUGUUUAUGCUGCACAAUAGAAUCCCAGCCAUUUACAUGGAGUCUGCUACAGUCCUUCAGAACGUGGAAGAAAAUAGGAGUAUUUUGAGACAAGGAAAUUAGCAGAAAAGAAAUUACAUUCAAUUGUGUCUGCACUUCCCAGUCUUCAGCAUAGUUACCGCAACAAAAAAACUGUGAGAAAAACUGUGCUCAAGCUAGUUCUGCUACCCUGGUUUCAUGUUCAACAGAGGUUUGUUUUCCCAGGGGUGGGAGAAUUAUUUUACUCACCACUUUCUAGCUGAAAACUCUGAUUUAUUAAUGAAUAAGGCAUAUGGAGAAAGGCAAAGCACAGGGAAAAGGAUACUUAAAUGCUUGUGGUGCACAGGCACAUGCUGGGUGUAAAAUACAUGCAAUUCACUAGGUCAUUAGCAGGCUGCAGAUGUCACCAGCAGGUUCUGAGGUGAGGCAACCUCCUUUCUUGGAGGAUUAUUAUAGGGAAAGUUGUUGCACGUGGUACAUACACGCAAGAUGUAAACCAGAUGCACUUUAUAUGGGAGAAAGCCUAGCUGCCUGUAUACUGAGGACUGCUCCAGAAUUACUUUGGAAGGAGAGAGAAAAAAGUUGUACAGGUUUUUUGGCAGCCCUCUGUUUAGUGCUGCAGUGAGCAGUUGCUCAGCUGUAGAACUGAGAACAAACAGAACAUUCCCAUUGCACAGAGCUGGGAGAACGUUACAUCUUCCCAGAGAUUUUGCUGGGCUUUUCUUUGGCUGGAGUUCUUAAGUUUUCACUCUCUGUGUCCCUUCCAGAUCGUGUAGGUGACUGGUACCUGCCAUAAUAUGAGGUGAAACAGGGUCAGUAUUAAGUAAGUUGCAUUGUUCUGUUAAUUUCCUCUCAUAGCAUUGCAUAAAUAAUAUUUUUACAUUUUGUUCAAUAUGUGUAUGUUCAAAUUGCACUCUUAUUGUACUACAAUACAAAUAAAACCUGAACUGGA